AUGACCCUCCGAGUAGAGCAACUGUACGGAUCUGUCGAUUUGGUUUCAUUUCUCGCCCUCCUCUGGCUCUUGUCCCUUGCCCUCUAUUUCAUCCGUCUCCGCUCUUCAUCUACGCUUUCCGUCAUUCCUGCAGCUAAUUUCGUCGCAUCAUUUACGCCGCUUUGGAUACUUUGGAUACGCUUCACUCGUCGCGUAAACAGGUCUGUGCAUGCAGCUCAUGUUGCUCAUGGUCCCGUUGUGCGUCUCUCCCCUUCAGAGGUCUCCGUCAAUCUGGUCGAUGGCGGCAUUCGGGUGAUUUACGGCGUCGGAUUUGAAAAAACGAAUUGGUAUUCCGCAUUCCGCGCUUAUGGGCAACCUAAACCGCACUCGGCCCUCAGACGUCGAGUUUCCAACGUCUACUCCAAGGCCCAUAUCUUGAGUCCCGGCUCAGGUUUCUCCCACAUAGCGCGUGUCGUCCUGCACGAGCGCCUGAUGCCUGCCCUUCGCUCUGCCGCUCGCGGUCGCAAUGCAGUUGAUGUGGCCGAGAUCUUUAUCGCGAUUUGCAUGGAUCUUAUCACGGCGUAUGAGUUUGGAUUGUCAUGCUCGACGAACUUUCUAGAGAACGAACAAGAGCGAAAGAGUUGGUCGCCUCUUUACGUCGCUCGGAGGCCAUACGCUUUUUGGGGGCAUGAGGCCCCUCGCGUGCAGAAUACGCUAGCCAAGGUCGGCGUCCAUGUCGUACCUCGCUCUGUGGUAGACGGAAAUCGCGGGAUCGAGGACAGAAUCCUUGGCAUGGUAGAGAAGGCAGAGGCGAGGUUCGAGAGUGAGGUCGCUUGGGACUAUGAAGGUGACGGAGAAGUAUAUCGUCAGAUGAGAAGGGCAAUUGAAAAGCAGGAGGCGAAGCGAGGCUCCGCUCACACCAGGACAAAUGCUGAGAGGAGAAAGGAGAUAGCAGCUGAGAUGUUUGAUGACACUUUUGCUGGCCACGACGCACCAGCCAUAACACUCAUCUACCUCGCCUACAACCUCUCAAUUUAUCCUGACCUCCAGUCUCGCCUUCAGUCCGAACUCUCCUCCAUUCCUCUAUCGGAGAACAUCGACAUCAAAACUAUUGAUGCGCUUUCGCUCCUCGACGCAUGUGUUCUUGAAACUCUCCGCCGCUACCCACCUACUGCGGGAUCUCAACCUCGCACUCCUAUGGCCGGCUCAUCGUGCUAUAUUAGUCUUGGAGUCGAUGGACCCAUGGUCCUCCUACCACCUGGUGUGAGGGUGAGCGCACAAGCGUACAGCUUACACCGUAACCCCGAUGUGUUUCCUGACCCGGAGAAGUGGUAUCCCGACCGAUGGCUUGUCGAUGAGAAUGCGGACAUCCACGAAGAGGAAGAGAGGUUGAAGGAGAUGCACCGGUGGUUCUGGGCUUUCGGAAGUGGCGGAAGAAUGUGUUUUGGAAAUCAUUUUGCUUUGCUUGAGAUGAAGAUCAUUGUCGCAACGAUCUGGAGCGCUUUUAGCAGUGAGCUUGCUAACAUCAAGGAUGCGAGCGAGAUAGCAGCUGGAAUGGAGCAGGAGGACGGCGGCGAUGUGGCGGGGCCUGUAGCGGGCAGGCUCGACUUGCGAUUCAUUCCGAUCUAA